AAUGAUGAACAGUAAGUGGCAUCUACCGUAAUUAGUGACCUACUUCAGGGUUUACUUCCUAACUAUCCUCUUCUCUUUAAAACCCUCAUUUUCGUUCGCCCUUCCCAAUCAAAAUCCCACCACUCUCUCACUUCCGCAUUACCAUAGGAAGUCUGCGAGACUAAACCCUUCUCUCUCUCUCUCUUUGUCUUGCUCGCCGAAAGAGGCGGAAUUCAGGAGUCGAACGCCAUGGACAGAAUCUGCCGCGUAGGAAGAGCGGCGACGCAUCGGGCACCACGAAUUGGACUUCUUCCAAACCACCGAACCUUUGGAGCCGCAGCAGUUCAGCUCCAAGACGAUUACGACUACUAUGAUGAAGACGAUUAUGAGUUCUCCCGCGAUCGGCCUCGGUUGUCACCCGUUGAGGAUUCCGAUGGAUCGAUUGGUAGCAGGGGUGUGCAGUGGGUGUUCAUGGGGAGCCCUGGUGCUAAGAAACACGUUUACGCUGAGAAGCUGUCGAAGCUUCUGCGAGUACCUCACAUUUCCAUGGGAAGCCUUGUUCGUCAAGAACUCAGCCCUCGUUCUUCUCUUUACAAGCAGAUUGCGAAUGCUGUGAACGAAGGGAAGCUUGUACCUGAAGAAAUAAUCUUUGGACUUCUGUCAAAGAGACUGCAAGAAGGCUAUUACAGAGGUGAAACUGGGUUCAUCUUGGAUGGCAUACCUCGAACUCGCAUCCAAGCUGAGAUCCUGGACCAAGUUGCUGAUAUCGAUCUAGUCGUGAAUUUCAGAUGCUCAGAGGACUGCUUGGUGAAAAAACACCUUGGAAGUGGGAUCUGUGCUCAAUGUCAUGAAAGCGCUCCUGUAAGAAAUUUAGGUUCGACUCUAGUUAAAACUUCCUCUGCUGGUGUUGAAGAUGCCCAGAAAGGGAAACUCCAAAUCUACGAAGAACAGAGCAAGCCCUUGGAAGAUUAUUAUCGGAAACAGAAGAAACUUCUUGACUUUCAAGUGAAUGGGGGUCCUGGAGAAACCUGGCAGGGGCUCUUGGCCGCCCUACAUCUGCAGCACAUGAAUGCAAUCCAUUCUUCACAGAAGAUUAAUGUUGGUUUUUGACCUCCCCCAUUAGCUCAUAUUGCAUUGUGGUUUUCACUUUUCACAUUGCAGUAGAUACAGGUGAUGCAGCAGUUGUAAGUUUGCUGGAGUAUUCUGUAACAAAUAGUUCUCGACUUGUUUCGAGGAUCCUGGGGGAUGUGGUUUUUCUUUUCUUAGUGUAAGCAUUUGUUGAGGAUGCAAAUUUGUUGUAAUAUUUUGGUGAGAAGACAAAACGAAGAGAACAUCGGCUUCUGUAAGCUUAAAGUAGGGCAACCUCAAGGUUUGCUCACUUUUUUUUUGUCUAGAGAUGAAUGAAAUCUCAAUAUAUUUUUCUUUUACCUCA